AUGGACAUUGUACCCAACAGAAAUACGCCUAUACCACAAUUGAUUGUUCAGUGGGCAUAUAACGGCAUCCGUUUAGCUUUGUCCACCGGGGCAACAGUCUGGUACAUUGCAUGUUUUGAACUUCUAAUAUUGCUUUUGCGACCUGACAUAGUCGACAAAGAUAACAGAGUACGCAUCGUUCCAACGGAAGAGCUGCCAAGUCAGUUUGACUUUAUAAUAAUCGGUGCAGGAUCCGCAGGAGCUGUACUUGCUAACCGACUAACCGAAAACACAAACUGGACUGUCUUGUUAUUGGAGGCUGGAGGUGACGAAAGACUUAUAUCUGAUGUAGUUGCAUUUUCUUAUAAUCUUUUGAACACUGAUAUCGACUGGCAAUACAAAACUGAACCUUCGUCGACCUAUUGUCAAGGCAUGGUCAACAAUCAAUGCCUCUGGCACAAGGGCAAAACGCUUGGAGGGAGCAGCAGCAUUAAUAAUUUACUGUACAUACGUGGAAAUCGAAAAGAUUACGACAACUGCAGGGAUUUGGGAAAUCCUGGAUGGGGAUACGAUGACGUGUUGCCGUAUUUUAAGAAGGCAGAAAAUAUCACGAUUCCCGAACUCCGCGAAUCAUCUUAUCGCGGAACCUCCGGCCCACUGACAGUUGAAAACCAAAAGCACGAGCACCCGAUGCAAAGGUACUUUAUGAACGCUAUAUCUGAAACAGGCUACCAUGAGGUAGAUGUGAACGGUGAGACGCAAACUGGAUUUAACCGACCGCAAAUCACUACUAGAAACGGAUUGCGAUGCAGCACGGAGAAAGCUUAUCUGCGAUCCACAGCUGAUAGGAAAAACUUAUACAUCAUUACGAAUUCUCUGGCCAAUAAGAUUCUCAUUAAUGAACCUACAAAAACAGCUUACGGUGUUAAAUUUGUCCGAGAAAACAUGAAGCGCAGCGUUCGUGCAAGAAAAGAAGUAAUACUCUCAGCUGGUGCAAUUCAAUCGCCUCAACUGCUAAUGCUCUCAGGAAUUGGACCUAAAGAACACCUAGAAGAAGUUGGAGUUGAGGUUAUUCACGACAGCCCAGGAGCCGGGGAAAAUCUACAGGAUCAUGUAGCGAUUGGUGGCCUUACUUUUCUGAUCGAUCCACCAUAUAAUGCAUCUGCAACACCUCUAGCAGAAGUAACAGAAUUUCUGGUGAAGAGAGAGGGUCAGUUAUACGAUAUAGGCUUCUGCGAAGAAGUUGGUUUCAUCAAUACCAGAUAUGCCAACAAUUCUAUUGAUUUCCCGGACCUCCAAAUAUUCAUUGGUGGUACCGCUCAGAAUACGGAAAGUGAACUUGUUAAAAGUAUUUUGGGUCUUAGAGACAACUUUUACGCAGCCUUAUUUUCGAAUAUAAUCGAUAAGCCAGCCUAUGGCGUGAUACCAUCGCUGGUACACCCGAAGAGUAGAGGUAACAUCAAGCUGCGAAACAACAAUUUCAAACAGAAACCAAUCAUAUUUCCAAAUUAUUUCGACCACCCGGAUGAUAUGAAGGUUUUGGUGGAAGGAGUUUUUUAUGCCCUGAAUCUCAGCCAAACCUUUACGAUGAAGAAAUUAAAUGCACGUUUCAACUCUAACACGAUUCCAGAGUGCGCUCAUUUGAAUUUCCCGUCACGAGAUUAUUGGCAUUGCUAUGCACGAUUUUUUUCAAUGAGUGUGUAUCACUAUGCUUCGACUUGUAAAAUGGGCCCUGCUGACGACGAAAUGGCUGUAGUGGACUCACGCCUGAGGGUUCACGGCGUGAGUGGUCUUCGGAUUGUUGAUGCCUCAAUUAUGCCAACCAUAACGGCCGGUAAUAUCAACGCUCCAACUAUUAUGAUCGCCGAAAAGGCAUCAGAUCUUAUCAAGGAAGAUUGGGAUUACAUCUCUUCCAGUAGAUGCAGUAUAUAGGAUAUUGUGUGAGUUUCGGAAAAAAUCUCCUCGAAGUUGCCGACGCGAUAUGACAUUCAUAUUGAGGUGGCGCAUCGCGGAUCGCACUUCGAUCUUUCUGCCUGUCUCCGGCUUGUGGUCGAGAGUUAA